AUGAAGACUACCUUUACUAUUGCCACCCUCGUGGCCGCUGCCUCAGCUGCCUCCACGUUCAGCCCCUACAUCCAAGGGUCCGCUCCUGAGUUGAGCGGGAUCCCUCCUUUGUUUCCCGUGGUUGACAACGGCGAGAUUGUUGCUGCCAAUACUACAGGCGGUCAUCAGAAACACAUCACUUUCUUGUUCAACGACGAGAACCAAUUGGUCAACAAAGACACUGGCAAGUUCAUUGGCUACAACAAAGACAAGAUCUUGGUGGAAACCGAUGAACCUAGCACUAACUGGAAAUUGGAUGGGUUCAGCUUGACUGUCGAACCCCCCGUGUUUGCUUGUAAGAGUGGUGACAAAUGGGUGCUUGGUGAAGAACGUACCUGCGAAAAUGGCGACGCUUCGUCGAUCAAGUUUGUCAUUGAAGGCAUCAGUCACAAGAACUCGAGCAGCUCCCUGGAAGCUCCCCCUGUUGUCGCCAACAGUCAAAAUGGCGCCUCCCAAAUGGGCGCCGGUGCGGCUGCUGUCAUUGCUGCCAUCGCCAUGAUGUUGUAG